AUGGCAUCAUUUACAGUACCUGAUUUACGAUUUGAGCAAUCGUUUAUGAAACAAUUGAAUACAUAUGCCGGAGCCCCUACUAAAAAGAAGCAACACCAUCAUCAUCAUGAUCACAAACUUGAUGAUAUAGCCAAAUUAACUGAUGAAGAAUUAAAACAAAUGAGUCAACAAAUAGACGAAGAAGAACAACAGGAACUAGAGCAACAACCAUUACCAGUGAUAACCCCAUCGAUUGUCAUAUAUGCCAUCAUUAAAGAUCAAAUAUUGAUGCCAUUAUUACAAGGAUUUGCUUGGACUGGAUUCUUGAUGUUAUUGAAACCAUUCUUAAGACUAGUGAUUAGAAAUGGUCAACAUACUGGCCAUUGGUUGGCUAAUCUAAUAGGUAUUAAUCGAUUACAAAGGUCAAGUAUUGGUUAUAGUUAUUAUGAUAAUAAUAGUCGUAUGGCUAAUCCUCCUUGGAAUUGA